UAUAUUAACGAGAGGUUUAAUUUUAACUACCAUACUACAUCGCCAAUCGAAUCAGCCAACCGAAAUUUGAAGAGUUUUAUUAUUAGCGGUAAUAAUUAUAUCCCCCAACUCUCUGAUUCCUAUACCCUCUCUAACUCCCAACCUUACCUAUUAUAUUGA